GCGGGGGAGCCGCCCCAGUGACUCGGUUUCUAGCCGGCAAUUCAGGGGAGCCCCUUUACUGCCGAGCCACAGCUGGUGAGGACAGACACCAGCCGAAAAACACCUCCUAUGCAACCAGAGCUCAGAAAACCCAAUCCGGGAAGAAAGAGCAGCCCAGGAGAAGGAAAGGGCUCCAAGGAGCCCUGCUCCUGAGGGUUCCCUCAGGUGCUGGUGGAGACGCGUCACUCGUCACUCGGUAGCAAGUACAAAAUUGGAAAUGUUGGCUUCACCAGAACCUAAGGGCCUUGUCCCCUUCACUACAGAGUCUUUUGAGCUUAUAAAACAACGUAUUGCUAAAAAACACAGCGAGGAACAUGAAGAAGAAGAUUUAAAGGCAAACACUGACUUGGAAGUUGGCAAAGAGCUUCCAUUUAUUUACGGAAACCUUUCUCGAGGAAUGGUGUCAGAGCCCUUGGAAGACGUGGACCCAUACUACUACAAGAAAAAAAAUACUUUCAUAGUAUUAAAUAAAAACAGAACAAUCUUCAGAUUCAAUGCUGCUUCCAUCUUAUGUACAUUGUCUCCUUUCAGUUCUAUUAGAGGAACAACUAUCAAGGUUUUGGUGCAUCCCUUUUUCCGACUGUUAAUUUUAUUCAGUGUCCUGACUGAUUGCAUAUUUAUGUCCAUGACCAAUUUGCCAAAAUGGGGACCCAUAUUAGAGAAUACUUUGCUUGGAAUUUACACAUUUGAAAUAAUUAUAAAACUCUUUGCGAGAGGUGUCUGGGCAGGAUCUUUUUCUUUCCUUGGUGAUCCAUGGAACUGGCUUGAUUUCAGCAUAACUUUGUUUGAGCUUAUAGCAAGAUAUUCACCUCUGAACUUCAUUCUAAUGCUUCAAACUGUAAGAACUUUGAGAAUUUUGAAAAUUAUUCCUUUAAACUCAGGUCUGCAGUCCCUUGUGGGGAUCCUGAUCUGUUGCCUGAAGAAACUCAUUGGUGUCAUUAUCUUAACUCUAUUUUUUCUGAGCAUAUUUUCUCUAAUUGGGAUGGGGCUCUUCAUGGGCAACCUGAAGCAUAAAUGUCUGCGAUGGCCCCAAGAAAAUGAAAAUGAAACUCUGCACAACAGAACUGGAAAUCCAUAUUACAUUCGAGAAACAGAAAACUUUUAUUAUUUGGAAGGAGAAAGAUACGCUCUCCUUUGCGGCAAUAGAACAGAUGCUGGUCAGUGUCCUGAAGGAUAUGUGUGUGUAAAAGCUGGCAUAAAUCCUGAUCAUGGCUUCACAAAUUUUGACAAUUUUGGCUGGGCCUUAUUUGCCCUAUUUCGGUUAAUGACCCAGGAUUAUCCCGAAGCACUUUAUCACCAGAUCCUUUAUGCUUCUGGGAAGAUCUACAUGAUAUUUUUUGUUGUGGUAAGUUUUUGGUUUGCCUUUUACAUGGCAAGUUUAUUCUUGGGCAUACUCGCUAUGGCCUAUGAAGAAGAAAAGCAGACAGCUGCUGAAAAAACUAAGAAGAUUGAAUCAAAAUGUCAACAGACUAUAAAAGAACUUCAAGAAGGAAAUGAAGCAGCCCAGACCACAACUACACAAAUAGAAAUGAAGAAAAGGUCACCAACUUCCACAAAUAUAUCUUUGGAUAUGUUGGAAGAUUCUACUCUCAGAUAUAAAGAAGAACUUAAAAAAUCCAGGAAGAAAUGCCCAUUUUGUUGGUAUAGGUUUGCAAAACUUUUCUUGAUAUGGAAUUGUUCUCCCUGUUGGUUAAAAUUGAAAGAGUUUGUCCAUAGGAUUAUAAUGGACCCAUUUACUGAUCUUUUCCUUACCAUAUGCAUAAUUUUAAACAUAUGUUUUUUGGCCUUGGAACAUUAUCCAAUGAAUGCACAAAUCAACAAUAUUCUCAGCUUUGGAAACCUGGUUUUUAUUGGAAUAUUUACAGCAGAAAUGAUUUUAAAAAUAAUCGCCAUGCAUCCAUAUGGGUAUUUCCAAGUAGGCUGGAACAUUUUUGAUAGUAUAAUUGUGUUCCUUGGUUUAGCAGAACUUUAUCUAGCAAAUAUUCAUGGAUUGAGUUCUUUUCGAUCAUUCGAGAUAUUGCGAAUUUUCAAGUUGGGGAAAUAUUGGCCAACAUUUGAGAAUCUGAUGCUGACUCUUAGUCAUUCAUGGGUGGCCUUGAAAGACUUGGUUCUGCUAUUGUUCACAUUCAUCUUCUUUUCUGCUGUAUUCGGCAUGAAGCUGUUUGGUCGGAGUUACAAAGAAUGUGUCUGUCACAUAGACAAAGACUGUCAACUCCCACGCUGGCAUAUGUAUGACUUCUUCCACUCAUACCUGAAUGUGUUCCGAAUUCUCUGUGGAGAGUGGGUAGAAACCUUGUGGGACUGCAUGGAGGUAGCAGGCCAAUCCUGGUGUAUUUCUUUUUACAUGAUGGUCAUUUUAAUUGGAAACUUAUUGUUACUUUACCUGUUUCUGGCAUUGGUGAGCUCAUUUAGUUCGUACAACACUACAACAACUGAAAAGAACAAUGAAGCAAAAAAUCUCCAGCUUGCAAUGGCAAGGAUUAAAAAAGGAAUAAACUAUGUGUUUCUUAAUAUAUUAUGCAAAAAACGAAAUAUGCCAAAGGAGACAAUGGACCAUGUAAAUGAUGUAUAUGUUAAAGAGGAUAUUUCUGACCAUACACUAUCUGAUUUGAGCAACACUCAAGAUUUCCUCAAGGAUAAGGAAAAAAGCAGUGGCACAGAGAAAAACACAAUGACCGAAAAUGAGAAUCAAUCCCUUAUCCCCAGUCCUAGUGUCUCAGAAACUGUACCAAUUGCUUCAGGAGAAUCUGAUAUAGAAAAUCUGGAUAAUAAAGAGACUCAGAGCAAGUCAGGUGAUGAAGGCAGCAAAGAGAAAAGAGGGGAAAAUUCCUACCCAUCACACUUCUCUAUCUUCACUGAAGACUUUGACUACCUUAUAUUUCUGGGUUAUGGACGGAGAUCUUCGCCUGGUCAAAUCAGUAGAGAAUCCAAGAAAGGAAAAAUUUGGCAGAACAUAAGGAAAACCUGCUUCAAAAUAGUAGAGAACAGUUGGUUUAAGUGUUUCAUUGGCCUUGUCACUCUGCUCAGCACAGGCACUCUGGUGGUUGUGAGAGCUUUAAUAAAAACAACUUUGCCCACUUUGAAUGUGUUUCUGGUCUGCCUUAUGAUCUGGCUGAGUUUUAGUAUCCUGGGAGUACAGUUAUUUGCUGGCAAGUUCUAUGAAUGCAUUGACCCAACAAGUGGAGAAAGGUUUCCUAUAUCUGAAGUCAUGAAUCAAAGUCAAUGUGAAAGCCUUGUGUUUAAUGAAUCCAUGCCAUGGGAAAAUGCAAAACUGAACUUUGAUAAUGUUGGAAAUGGUUUCCUUUCUCUGCUUCAAGUAGUGAGUACACGGCUAUUUCUGCCUAUGACAAUAGGAUACUACCUUGUGCCUCCUUCGCUUGUGCAACUAAUACUUCUCUCACGGAUCAUUCACAUCUUGCGCCUUGGAAAAGGACCAAAGGUGUUCCAUAAUCUGGUGGUUCCCUUCAUGCUGUCUCUCCCAGCACUGUUGAACAUGGGUCUUCUCCUCUUCCUGGUCAUGUUUGUCUAUGCCAUCUUUGGAAUGUACAGCUUUGCCUAUGUUAAAAAGGAAGCUGGAAUUAAUGAUGUGUCCAAUUUUGAAACCUUUGGCAGCAGUAUGCUCUGUCUUUUUCAAGUUACAAUAUUCGCUGGUUGGGAUGGGAUGCUCAAUGCAGUUUUCAACAGUGAGUGGUCUGACUGUGACCCUGAUAAAAUUAACCCUGGGACUCAGGUUAGAGGAGAUUGUGGUAGCCCCUCUGUUGGGAUAUUUUACUUUGUCAGUUACAUCCUCAUAUCAUGGCUGAUCAUUGUCAAUAUGUAUAUUGUUGUUGUCAUGGAGUUUUUAAAUAUUGCUUCUAAGAAAAAAGUCAAGACCUUGAGUGAAGAUGAUUUUAGGAAAUUCUUUCAGGUAUGGAAACGGUUUGAUCCUGAUAGGACCCAGUAUAUAGACUCCAGCAAACUUUCAGACUUUGCAGCUUCUCUUGAUCCUCCUCUUUCCAUGGCAAAACCAAACAAGGGCCAGCUCAUUGCUUUGGAUCUUCCCAUGGCCGUAGGAGACAGAAUUCAUUGCCUUGACAUUUUACUUGCUUUUACAAAGAGAGUUAUGGGUAACGAUGUGAGGAUGGAGAAAGUCCUUUCAGAGAUAGAAUCAGGGUUUAUGUUAGCCAACCCUUUUAAGAUCACAUAUGAGCCAAUUACAACUACUCUGAAACGAAAACAAGAGGCAGUUUCAGCAACCAUCAUUCAGCGUGCUUAUAAAAAUUACCGCUUAAGGCGAAAUGACCAAAAUACAUCAGAUAUUCAUGUGAUAGAUGGUGACAGAGAUGUUCAAGCUACUAAAGAAGGUAUCUCCUUUGACAAAGCUAAGGAAAAGUCAACUAUUCAAAGCGAGAUCUAA